ACAACAUUUGCCAUAGCCACAGUAUCCUACGCACUGGCCCUUGCCAACAGCCCCCGGGCCAACGACCACCUGGACAGCUUUGCCAGCCAUGACAAAAUCCAUUGGCCAGUGGAUGAGCAGAAGCUGGGCCACUGUACACCGUUGAGGCCACGGCCUAUGCGCUCAUGCAGAAGCUGGAGCUUGGCCGGCACAAUGAGACACACCCCAUCGCCAAGUGGCUACUAGAGAAGCAGGAGCUUGGAGAAGGCUUCGGGUCCACCCAGACCACGGUGGUGGCCCUUGAAGCUCUGACUCGCUUCCGCCAAGAUGUUCCCUUCGAGAGCGUCCAGGAUCUCCGUGUACAGAUCAGUGCCCCCAAGAGAGCCUUGAAUGUGAAUUGGCAGAUUGAUGAUAACAAUGCCUACCAGCAGCGGUCAGCAAAGUUCCUUGCCCAGGACGAUCUAGAGAUCAAAGCCAGUGGCAGCGGAAGAGGCACCAUCUCGAUCCUGACCACGUACCACAAGUCCCCAGUGUCCUGGGAAGACAGCUGCAACCGGUGCCAACUGAAUGCGACUCUCUGCAGUGUUCCAGAAGAAAAUAAAAAGGGAGAGGAGACUUUUCAGCUCCGGAUGGAAACAAGGUUCCAGGACGAUCGAGAGGCCACGAUGACCAUCAUGGAGGUCUCCCUGCUCACUGGCUUCUACCCCAACCAGGAUGAUCUCAAACGGCUCACAAGUGAUGUGGAGAGGUACACCUUUCAGUAUGAAACCAAGACAAGUACCAGCGAUAGCACCGUUGUCCUCUACCUGGAGAAGGUGAGGAAGGCCGGGUGCCCUCCACCAGAGCUCUCCCAUGAGAAAAACACAGUGCUGGGCUUUCGGGUUCACAGGAUGCUGCAGGCGGAGUUCCUGCAGGCCGCCCUGAGCACCGUCUAUGACUACUACGAGCCUUCCCGCAGGUGCAGCACUUUCUACAACCUGCCCACAGAGCAAUCUUCCCUGCAAAAGAUCUGCCUCAAAGACGUCUGCAGAUGUGCAGAGGUGUACAAGACAAAGCUGGAAUCUGUGGGGGUCUCUGCCUCCAACCCUUACGUCUAUUACAACAUGCAGCUUGAAGACAUCAUUAAGAGUGGUAUGUCCCAGGUGACAAAGGAGAAAUCCCAGUGUGGAGUCAUGCUGGAGGUCCACCCUGGGGGUCCCACUGUGCAGGAGGGUCCAACCUCUGCAUGCACACACACUGGGUUUUCUCCAGGCACGGACCCUGCCACACCUCUCAGCAUGAAGAAAUUUGUCUCCCACGCCACCUGCCACGACUCCCUGGGGUUGCAAGAACAGGAAUCAUACCUCAUCAUGGGCCAGACAUCAGACCUGCAGAAGCCCAGUGGUUACAGCUACGUCCUGGGCUGGGAGACGUUCCUCAUGCUUUGGCCAGCAUACAGAGAUGCCAGCAAGGAAGAACUGUGGGGCCAACUGGAGGAAUUUUCGGAAUAUAUGCGCACCCACGGCUGCGAAUCCUGAGCCUCUUCUGCUUUCAGGAAGCUGUCACUAGGCAGCUCUGGGCCACUGGGUUUAACCCCAACUAAAGAGCACAGGAUGUCACAGGCAAACCCUGGACACCUGUCGCUGUUUCAGCUUUCACCAGGGGACCUGCACAACCUGCCCUGGCAUGGCGGGAACCCGUCUCCUGUCUCCUCCCUUUCUUGCUCCAUUCUAAUCACACUGGCCUCCCUUGCAUCCUUCCAACACCCACCUCAGCAGGGAGAUGAUUCCCAGUGCUGGGCUUCUGCACCCACUAUUCCUCACCCAGGCGCACUCCUCCCCCAAAGUUGGCUUGGCUUGAACCAUUCCUUUGUGUGGGUUCUGUUUAAAUGUCACCUCUGGCCAGGCAUGGUGGCACAUGCCUGUAAUCCCAGCACUUUGGGAGCUGGAGGUGGGUGGAUCACUUGA